CCAUGUAUUAUUACUCAGAGCAUGCUGCUCACAGCAGUUCCAUUUACUAACAGGGUUUAACGGAUAAAUGACCGAUGCACUUUUAUAUGAGGCUGUUCGAUACACCGAUAAACCGCGAUUUUAAAGAGAUAUUGGGAAGCGUUCUACAUAUGAAUGUGGAGUUUGUGACGGAAAGCGAGUCAUCGGUGGUGGAAUGAGCCUCAAAAGCGAAUCUCUUUGGUGUCAUAAUGUAACAGUGAUUUUAAGUGUUAAUGUUUUUACUUUAAUACAUUGACGGUACGAAUUCAGAGCUUCAUGUCGCGGAGCGGCGGAGAGAAAGAGCGCAAAUAUGAAUCGGACGAAAGUCGGAUUGACUCGGGAAUCGACUCGUACAAAUCGAUUUCCAGAGAUCCGUACUGGAGUUUGCAGAGUUCCGAGGAGAAAGAUAAAUCGAGUUGUGGCACAGAAGAGCGACUGGACUCUGCAUACGCGUCUUCGUCGUUAACAGUGGACAGUUUGGGAGAUUUUAUCGAGAAGUGCAGCAUUUCUGAAGGUGAAAACGCGACGGACUCUGAAAACAACAAUGAGGAGGAAGUGAAUCUCUUAACCACUGUUACAGAAGAUGGAGACACGAUUCUCCAUUUGGCCAUAAUCCAUGAAGAGCAACACUUUGCACAUCAGUUGAUAGAACUGUUUCCAAGAGAACUGCUGGAUAUUCAGAACAACUUGUAUCAGACCCCGUUGCAUCUCGCCACAUAUCUGAACCAGCACAGCAUAGUGAAAGACCUGGUGGCGAAUGGCGUCUCGCUGGAGCUCCAGGACCAGGAUGGAAACACCCCUCUUCAUGUGGCCUGUGAACGUGGCUUCUGGGAUUGUGCCAAUGAGAUGAUCCACAAUGCCUCACCCAACAAACUCGCUCACGUGCUGGAGGCCCAAAACUGGAGAGGUCUCACGUGUCUCCAUGUGGCCACAGUGCACAAACAACGUCGUCUGAUGCGGCUCCUGAUGAAGAAAGGUGUGAAUCUGAACACACAGGAGGGUACGAGUGGGAAGACGGCGUUACACAUGGCCGUCGAGCUGCAUGAUGUGUACAUGGUAAAUCUGCUGCUCAACAGCGGGACAGAUGUAGAUGCUGCCAUGUUCAACGGCUGCACUGCGCUGCAUUUGGCAGUGGGCAGACAGGAUGCUGCCGUUGCCAACCGUCUGUGCCAGGCUGGAGCCGACAAGAUGAUCCGAAACAUGGAGGAUGAAACAGCCCUGGAUCUGGCUGACGGCAAUGAUGAUAUUUUGGCUCUGUUCCCCUUCGACGAUAUUCAGAUCAUGGGCAGGACAGUGAUAAACUUUUAAAUAUGUGAGCAUGACUCUUCGCAUGUUCGUUUUGUCUUUAGUUUAAACUCUGAUCUGAAUUUGUGGGACUUUGGUUUUCUUUAACUCUGCACAGCUUUUGGGAAUCUUCCUGUAACUUCAUUUUAAGUGUGAUUAAUUUAUCUCCAGUGGUGGUUAGUGCUGGUUAAUUUAUGCAGCAGUUAUGACUUCAGCCAGUUCAGUCUUUGUGCAGCUGCUGCAUACAAAGGAAAUAAUUCAUAUAGUAUGUAUUGUGUAGUCUGAGCAACCUCUUUUGUAAAUGCCAAACAUCAUGCAUUCUGAUUUAUGAUUCGCAAUAGUAAUGUUUUUGUAGCAGUACAUUUGUAGUAAAAUGUGCAAUGUUUCCAAAAAGGCAGGUCAAAGUGUCAAUAAAAAGUAGUUUUAUUAUUUAGA